AUGUUCUCCCGCGCCGCUGUCCGCGCGACCACCCAGGUCGCUGGCCGCCGAGGCUUCCAUGCCACCCGCUCCCAGAUGUCCUCCCCCUACCACUACGCCGAGGGCCCGUACACCAACAUCCCCUUCAACCCCAAGAAGAAGACCUUUCCCAUCCUGUUCUGGGGCUACUGCGCCACCGGAUUCGCCGCCCCCUUCCUGAUCGCCGCCUGGCAAACCUACAAGCCCCGUUCAUAG